AUGGCAGCGCACCCGCUUGCGCACGAAGGCGGCGGCGACGACUUGGACGAUGGCCUCGAGCUCGACGAGAGCAUGCUCGCCUCGGAUCACGAGGGCGAGGGCGAGGAGGAUGGCGAUGUGCCCGAGGGCGAGGAGGAUGGCGAUGUGCCCGAGGGCGAUGGGUGGAUGACGGAUGAGGAUGAGGUCGUAUCAAAGAAACGGGGGCGGGAGCAGGGUCAGGUUGAUGCAGCAGAGGAUGACAAGGCGCGUAAGAAGAGGCGGAGAGACAAGGAUAAGGCGCGGCGCGCUGCCAAGCGCGCGGCGGCUAAUGGCGAUGAGAAAGAGAGCGAGGACCCGGCUACGUUGGAUGCGGAUGCGGUGGCGGCACUGUUGCUGUCAAGCGUAAGGGCGUCUAUGCCUGCUGCGACGGGGAUGGAGAUUGACGAUGUGGCUGUGGAUGCCUCGAGCAUUCUCCAGCCGGUCGCGCUCUCCGGGGAGGGCGAGUACGCCGGUCUCCUUGGCCGCCUGAACGACGCACUCAAGGAUGCACCCAAGAAGCCCAAGCCGGGAUGUCCGCGCGUCCUCAUCCUCAGUUUGAGCGGGAUACGGUGUGCCGAUGUCGUGCGUGCUGUGCGUGGUGUACCCCGCAACGGCGAGGUUGCAAAGCUGUUUGCCAAACACUUCAAGUUGGCAGAACAGGUCAAGUACCUCGCCAAGACGCGGGUGUCUAUUGCUGUUGGGACGCCAGCGCGCGUCGCAAAGCUCCUCGCUGACGGCGCACUCAAGAUGACUCCCCAGAGCGUUGUGCUUCUUGAUAUUGGACACCGUGAUUCCAAGAAGCGCUCGCUACUCACGCUGCCAGAGGUGCGCGACGAGCUGUGGCGCGCAUUCUUCCGUGAUGCACGCGAGGCACUCAAGCCGGCAAAGUACGCAGUCUUCUGA